GCUUCUUCUCUCUCCUUUAAGCCGACGCGAUGACUAAAAACAACGUGUCCUACAAAGUGGACGACUCUUCAGGAUCCAUCGGGAGACGCUACGCCCGCUCAGACGAGAUCGGGGUGGCGUUCGGCAUCACCAUCGACUUCGACACGGUGAACAAGACCCCUCAAACUGCCACGCUGAGAGACCGAGACUCCAUGAGGCAGAUCAGGGCCGAGGUCGCUGAGUUGCCAGCGAUGGUUCGAGAUCUGUCUAACGGCACCUUGACUUGGGUCGAGGUGGAGAAAAAGUUCCCCAUCUUUGAAGGACAAGAGACCAGCAGCAAGAAGGAGUAGCCAGACGGGGACUCAACAGAAGAUUUCACACAUUACCAAAGCUUAUGCAUUUUAUAUUUUAUACCUAUAGGAACCAUGUGUUUUCUCUCUUUGGGAGUUGCAGUUAUAGUUCUGCUCAGACAUACAGUAUAUACUCCCAAAUGUUGAGCAGCACUGAUACCUUGAAAGUAGGAAACAGCCAGGCGGAGUUACGUUUCUUUAAAAGCUUAUACUGUAUGCCGCAUUCGUAUACAUUUAAUAAACUAUAUACUGU